UCUCGUGCGUUUUGUUGACAUUACUUGUUUGGUCGAUAAUUCUGUAAAGUGUAAUUUUAACGCAUAAAUGAGCACCAUUAAAAAUCAUGUCAGCAAAUCCAAUAACUGGCGGUUUUAAUACAUUCAGUGGGAGCAAAUAUAAUGCUAAUCAAAUUAGACCGCCCGUGCAGUAUGCGAAACCAGGGCCUUUCACAAAAUCAAAACUGCUCCAAGAUUGUCCGGAAGCGGAUAUUCGUGUAUUAAAGGAUGCAGCAGCAAAGGUAGUUGCACAGCCUGUAUCUGCUCUACUCCAAUUGUCUCUAUCUGCAAAUUGGUCACAUAUAACAACAGGCUGUGUGGCAUUGGAUAGAUGUCUGCGUGGUGGUAUAGUAACCCGUGGUAUAACUGAGAUUUGUGGUGCAUCUGGUGUGGGUAAGACCCAGUUGCUGCUACAGUUGUCCCUAACAGUUCAACUACCCCGAGAGCUAGGUGGUUUGGGCAAGGCUGUUGCUUUUAUUUGCACUGAAGACACCUUUCCCUCAAAACGACUCUUUCAGUUGGCUAAAGUAUUUGAAAAGCGUUUCCCAGAUCAAAAAAUAAACUAUAUGGGUAAUAUAUACAUUGAACAUGUACUGGAGGCGGAUGAUCUGCUGAAAUGUGUUGGAGUGCGCUUGGCUAAAUUAAUGGAGUCUCUUAGAAUUGGCCUGAUUGUUAUAGACUCUGUAGCAGCUAUUUUUCGUACAUACAACAAUUAUAUUAAACGUGCGCGUGACAUGCGCAAAUUGGCCAACUACUUGUUGUAUUACACAAAUAAGUACCAAUGUGCAGUGAUUUGUGUGAACCAGGUGGCUACUGUAAGCGAUGAAGCUAAAGAGACUCCCUGUUUAGGUUUAGCUUGGGCACAUUUGGGUCGCACGCGUUUAAAACUUUCCAAAGUACCAAAAGAGGUUAAAAUUAACGAAGAUUUGUUUACAGUGCGUCGUUUUGAAAUCGUAUACUCCCCAGAGACGCCAAAUGAAGUGGCUGAAUUUAUGAUAACUGGUGGCGGCGUGGUCGAUGUGCCCAUAUAGUACAGCUUAAUGAAAUAUUUUCAAAGUAUUAAAUUAAAAUUAAAGAUUUGCAUUUAUUUGUUUAUGUUUUAAAUUUAUUUUAUCGCAUAGUUAUUGUUAAGUUUACAAUGCGCCUGUUUUGUACAUUCAAUAAAUAGUUAAAGUUUGAAUAAUGUAA